AUGGAAGAUACACUAAGCUCACUCCCAGAGCCAUGGCUCUUCAAUCUACGGUCUUCUAAGCAGUUCAUCGGAUUUGCUGUGUUCGUAACCACGUUCGCUGAUGGGUUCCUCUACGGAAUCGUCGUAGCCGUCCUUCCAUUUUCCUUGACAAUUCGCUUCGGAGUCCCAGAGGUCGACGUCCCAUUCUGGACCUCAACCUCGCUGAUCGUUUUCGGUCUGGCAAUGACGCUUGGGGCACCUAUAGCAGGUUGGAUUGUCGGAAAGUGCGAAAGAAGCCAGAUCCCAUUCCUCGCAGGUCUUCUCUGUGCAUUUGGAUCAACCCUCUUCUUCAUGUUUGGAUGGGCGCCGUGGAUGAUUAUCGUGGCAAGAGUCUUCCAGGGUCUUUCGGCUGGCGUCGUAUAUACAGCUGGCUUGACGCUGUUAGUUAACACGAUCGAGUCGCACGAACUGGGUCCCUGGAUUGGCUUCGGGCUAUCCGGUAUGAACUUCGGUGUGCUUGUAUCACCUACGCUCGGUGGAAUUAUUUAUGAAAAGACAGGGUUCUAUCCUGUUUUUAUCAUGAGUCUUGCUGUGAUUGCCAUUAAUUUGGUUCUCAUUUUGCUCAUUAUUGACAAGAAGGCUGCUGCAAAGUAUCACGAUCAUGUUAGCAGGACUAGGCCAAUUUCGUCGAAUGGAAGUUCACCCAGGAGCGCGGUUGCAAACGGGAAGCGACGACUAUCGCGGGUUGAAGAUGGCGAUGCGACUGUGACAACUUCGCUCCUCGUUUAUUGCAGAGAGUCACCCGAACCGGCUGCGACAGAGGCCACCUGGUGGACUGUUGUUGGAGGUUUUCUCAGUAGUCCGCGCAUCCUCACAGCACUAUAUGCUUCUCUGAUCAAUGUUGUUUUAGUAAGCGCCAUGGACGCGGUGCUACCAAUCUUCGUAAAACAAACCUUCCACUGGCUAUCUGGCGCCACAGGAGCGAUCUUUCUGAACCUGACUAUACCAUCUCUCAUGGGCCCAUUCAUUGGAAUGCUAUCUGAUCGGUAUGGUGUCAGGUUUGUCGCUGCGAUCGGCUUUAUAUUUGCAGGAGUAGCAACCAUUCUACUAGCUUUGGUGCGCCAUAACACUGCUACAAACCAUAUAAUGGCCUGCGUGCUACUUCUUUUUGUUGGUAUAGGACUCAAUGCCUCACUCACCCCCUUGGCUACGGAGAUUCCCCGAAUCGUGAAAGAUCUUCAAGACGAGCGCCCUGACAUAUAUGGACACAAAAGUGCAGUUGCCGAGGGAUAUAUGCUUCUCGAUGCUAUGUUCGGUGCUGGCACUGUGCUUGGGCCAUUUCUCUCUGGGGUUGCGUGUGAUUAUAUCGGAUGGACUGGAUGUACAAUCAUGCUGGGGGUGCUGAGCUUCUCUGCCAUAGUGCCUAUAGUAUUAUAUCUGAAGCCGCAUAUUGAGGCUUCAUGA